AUGGUGGGUGGAGGAAGCAGGAGAGACGAGGGAUCGUUGGUGAUUAACAGCACGAACGUGUUUGCUGCGCUUGAGACAUUGAGGAAGAAGAAGAAAUCUGAUAAGGAGCGUGGAGGUUCGAAGAGUGGGAAAGGGGGUUCAAAGAGUGGGAAAGAGCAGCAAUCGAAGGAGCCUGAGCCGGAAGUUUUUUGGGCUCCAACAAAACUUGCUUCUAAAUCUUGGGCUGAUGUCGAUGAUGAAGAUGAUGAUGAUUAUUAUGCUACGACGGCGCCUCCUCCAUCUGUUUGGGGGUCCUCAGACCAGCAGCAGAGUGAGGAGAAAUCUGGCCAUUUAGAGGAAAGUGAGAGUGAAGAAGAUAUUUUGGAUGAAGGUGAUGAUGAUGUAGAGGAAGAACAUGACCAUGAACCAGAGGCUCCAGUGCAUCCUGAGCCAGUUGUGAAGAAAGCCCCAGAAGUUCCUGUGCUGCCUAAGGAGACAGAAAGACAACUUUCAAAGAAGGAAAGAAAGAAGAAGGAACUUGCAGAGCUUGAGGCCCUUCUUGCUGAUUUUGGAGUUUCUCAGAAAGAUAGCAAUGGCCAAGAUGAGUCACGUGAUGCUGCACAGGAGAAGAAAGAUGGGGAGACUAAUGAAGAGGGAGAUAAGAAGGACAAUGUUGCUGGAGAGUCCAAAAACGCGAAGAAGAAGAAAAAGAAAGAAAAGUCAGCAAAGGAGCCCCAAGAUCAGCCCACCAAUUCAGAAGCCAAUAAUGGGCCAGAAGAAGCUGCUGGAAUGGAACACGCUGAGGAGGAUGCUUCUGCUGUUGACAUGAAAGAACGCCUAAAGAGGAUGGCAUCUGCAAAGAAGAAGAAGUCUAGUAAAGAGAUGGAUGGUGCUGCAAAAGCUGCUGCUCAAGAGGCUGCUGCAAGAAGCGCAAGGCUUGCUGCAGCCAAGAAGAAAGAGAAGAAUCAUUACAACCAGCAGCCAGUGCGGUGA